AUGCUCUCUGGUCUAGAAACCGCCUUUUUGGCGAAUCGCGAUGCUGCCGAUAUUGUAGCAGGCCUUCGCCGAUUGGGUCUCUCGGCCAAGGGUGGCCCUAUUCGCAACAUCACUGCGUAUUGGAACAGCCGCGAUGCACAGGGGCUGCAGGCCUAUUUAACCGCCCUGAAAAAUCAAGGCAUCGAUAAUGUCGACACCUCGUUCCUGCAAGGCGACGAAUGCACGGUCAAGGCAAUGACAGGAAGGCGACCUCUCACACCCGUGGACAUGUUCCUUAGGAUCAUCGAUGGGAACAAGUCGCCGGUAGUCCUGAUCAUCUCGAACAAUCCUUCAAUGCAGUAUCCUAUAGCGCAGCUCACAAACCGCAUGCACAAGGCACAACUUAUUGGCACUGGUCAACUGGAGGCCGCCAUCGAACGGGCGGUUGCUUUGAACCAGGCUGCCAUGGCAGAGCAAGGCACCCAUGGGCAUGAGAGUAGCCUCAACGACGAAGCUAAAUACAAUCAGAAUGAAACAGGGGGUCCUGCAGGUCCCAGCAACCUUACGGAUCCUCACAACGCGGGAUCCAGCCCGGUGACACCUACGGGGUCAACACAGAACGAAAGCAGCUUCGCUAGUGGAAGCAUUACAUACCCCCAGCCACGACAGCGCUUCCAAAGCGCACACCCUUGCUUUGCACCCCUCAUCCAUGUCCUGGCCCUCGCCAGCGAUCAAGGAGACCCCAAGGUUCUCAAACCGAGACUGGGAAACUUAUUGAUGCAACAGUCACAUUCCGUAUACACCGACGCAGGGGUUAACACUUUCAAGAAGUACAUCGAGUUGGCGGAGAAGCGUGGCAUCAUCGAAACGGGAGGGGGAGGUGUGGGAGCUUGGGUUGCUUUGAAGGGCGAGCUGGACGAGGAGAAUGGUCUGCCUGAGGCUUGA